AUGAGCUUCAGAGAUGAGGUCCUCUCUCCUAUGGCGCAAAACAUGAAGGAGCACCGAGGAGAGUAUAUCGGGACGUGGCUCCUGGGCGCACUAUUCUCCAUGCUUCUGCAGGGGAUUCUCGUAGGGCAGCUCAAUUUCUACCUUAAUACCUAUCGCAAAGACGGAACAUACACGCGAUGGUUCGUGGCUGUCGUCAGCGGGUUGAAUCUAUUAAGAACGGCUCAGACGAUAGCCAUACAAUGGGGCCAGAGCAUCACGAAUUUCGGAGACUUCAAUGAAUUGACGAUAGGACCUUGGUACACGCGGCUCAUGACGGUUGUGUCGGCGUGCAUACGAUUUGUGGUGCAUAUGUAUUUCACCGUAAGAGUCGCGAAGAUGGUUAAGACGAACUGGAAGAUUCUCGUGCCUCUAUGGUCGUUCAUUUUGAUUGCCCUUGGGAGCGACAUAGCCUUGACAAUAUCCUUAUUCAUUCAAGUGCUCUAUCUUCCCUCAUCGUAUCGCUGA